AUGCGUACCAUCACCAGGCUUGUCCUGGUUCCGGUGCCAACAACGGUUGUGGAUUACGAUGGCAAGACGCGCACAGUCACCAAAGAUAGGUUGAGCACGGUAACCACCAUCCAGCACGGCGGAUGCACGGCCACUGUCAUCGAUCACAAGACACACACUACGUGCAAGAAGCCCGGCCCUACGACAUGGGAUCCUCCACACAGACCUGUUCGGCCUUACCCGUCCAUUGUUCUCAACACGAGCAAGAAGCCGGGCCCGACACCGUGGGACCCCCCGCGGAAGCCCCACGGGACUGCGUCCAUAUCUGCCGGGUGA